AUGCUUUCUCCUCCUGACCAGACAGUUAAUGUUGUGUCUUUUGAGGAAGUGGCUGUGUAUUUCUCCAUGGAGGAGUGGUCUCAGCUGGACCCUGCCCAAAAAGCUCUCCACGGAGAAGUCAUGCUGGAGAAUUCCAGGAAUCUGGCUUCUCUGGGCUUUAAUGGGCAAGAAAAUAAGAAUUGCAAGGAAGAAUGCCAAAUGAUCCAUUCAAAACAGGGAAAAGGGAAGUUUCUAGAUCAGAUACAGCCAAAGAGUGAUGAAAGAAAGCAAUCACAAGGUGGAAUGAAAAAAGGCUUUCCGAGGGUCAGUUGGCUUCAUUACCAUACAAGCAUUGAUAUGGGAGAAGAACUAUAUAAAUGCAUGGAGUGUGGAAAGAGCUUUAAUAAAUCUGAUCAUCUUAUUUCCCAUAAAAAGACACAUUUAGAAGAGAAAACAUAUAACUCCAGGGAGUGUGGAAAGACCUCCUGUAAUGAUUACUCUUUUAGAAGUCAUGAAAGAAAUCACAAAGGAGAAAGACUUUAUAAAUGCAUGGAGUGUGGAAAGACCUUUACUGGUCACAGUGGUCUCAAUUACCAUAAGAGGAUCCACACUGGAGAAAAGCCAUAUCAGUGCCUGGAAUGUGGAAAGACCUUUACUUGUAACAGUCAUCUCAAUACCCAUAAGAGGGUCCACACUGGAGAGAAGCCAUAUCAAUGCAUGGAAUGUGGAAAGUCCUUUACUGGUCACAGUGGUCUCAAUUACCAUAAGAGGAUCCACACUGGAGAAAAGCCAUAUCAGUGCCUGGAAUGUGGAAAGACCUUUACUUGUAACAGUCAUCUCAAUACCCAUAAGAGGGUCCACACUGGAGAGAAGCCAUAUCAAUGCAUGGAAUGUGGAAAGUCCUUCUCUUGUAAUUACUCUCUUACAAGCCAUCAUAAGAAUCACAAAGAAAAAAGACCUUAUAAAUGCAUGGAGUGUGGAAAGACCUUUACUCGUAGCAGUAAUCUUAAUUCCCACAAAAGGAUCCACACUGGAGAGAAGCCAUAUCAAUGCAUGGAAUGUGGAAAGAGCUUUACCUGUAGCAGUAGUCUCAGUUCCCAUAAGUGGAUCCACACUGGAGAGAUACCUUAUAAAUGCAUGGAGUGCGGAAAGACCUUUACUAAGAGCAGUAAUCUUAAUUCCCACAAGAGGAUCCACACAGGAGAGAAGCCAUAUCAAUGCAUGGAGUGUGGAAAGACCUUUACUUAUAGCAGUAGUCUUAAUUCCCACAAGAGGAUCCACAUAGGAGAGAUGCCAUAUAAAUGUGUGGAAUGUGGAAAGGGUUUUAGGUGGAAUUGUGAUUUUAUCUCCCACAAAAGAAUCCACACAGGGGAAAGGAUCCAUACACUGGAGAAACCAUAUCAAUAA